AUGUUCGCACUUCUGAUUUACAUCUUGACACUGCGUCAAGUGCACUCUGCCUGCAUUGCGGUGAACAUUUGCCCAGAAAACACAGUGGUUCAGGCUGAGAUCGUUGACCAGCACAAUGUCUUCAGGAGAGCGGUCCAGCCUACUGCUUCUAACAUGCUGAAAAUGAACUAUAGUGAGGAGGUAGCAGUCAAUGCUCAGGCCUGGGUUGACAAAUGUAUUUUGGCUCAUGGACCACCCAGCACUCGCAUGCUCAAUGGAUAUGAAUUAGGUGAGAAUCUGUUCUAUUCAUCCAAACCUUUCGCAUGGAAGGAUGUCGUUGAUGCCUGGCACAGCGAGGUGGCACACUACCUGUAUCCCAAUGGCUCUACCGAUGGCGAAAGUAUUGGUCAUUAUACACAGGUGGUGUGGAACAGCUCCUACAGAGUUGGCUGUGCAGUGACAUUGUGCCCUAACAACAUCUAUUACUAUGGCUGCCAUUAUUAUCGAGCAGGAAACUUCAGGAGAUGGCCACCUUAUAAGGCUGGACCCCCUUGUGCUUCCUGUCCCGAUCACUGUGAGGACAAACUCUGCACCAACCCCUGUCCUUACAUAAACAAAUACUUCAACUGUCCGAUCCUGAAAAACACGACUGGAUGCAGUAAUAAGCUGGUGCAUGCCUGGUGUCCUGCUUCAUGCAAAUGUACCACUGAAAUCAUUCCAAUAGGCUAAAGAUUAGCCCUUAAGUCUGUAAAUUGUACUUAACUGUUUGGACUAUUUUCAAAUACAUGU